AGUGCCAGGAUGCUGCCUCUGUCAGUGCCGGCUUCAGUUGCCUUCCUGGGUCCUCUCACAUCCUUCUUGCUCAACCUCGGGGUGCACAGUAUGGAAACUGCUCUCCCCUCUCUGGAAGGCAGCGCGUGGCUUAGCUUCACAGAGUUGUGGCUGGAGACUGACGCGGCAGCGCCUUGCCCUGGCUUUCUGUAGCAAGUCUGUGUUGGAGGAGAGGACAGUUCUCCCUGCCCCGAAGGCCUGGAGAUGGAAGGACGGGUGGUAGGCCGGGCACUCAGGUUCUUCCGACACCGGCUGCCUCGACUCCAAGCAGGACCUCCCCAAGACAGCCCAGCGGAAGCGGUAAAGGAACCAGAAAGGGCCCAGGAGCACACUCUGUCCAACUUUGCUGGGGGACAGCACUUCUUUGAAUACCUUCUCGUGGUUUCUCUCAAAAAAAAGCAUUUGGGGGAUGAUUAUGAGCCCACGAUCACCUACCAGUUUCCCAAGCGGGAGAACCUGCUUCGGGGCCAGCAGGAGGAGGAGGAACGGCUGCUCAAAGCCAUCCCUUUGUUCUGCUUCCCAGAUGGGAACGCAUGGGCACCACUCACCGAGUAUCCUAGGGAGACCUUCUCCUUCGUUCUGACUAACGUGGACGGGAGCAGAAAGAUUGGAUACUGCAGGCGCCUCUUGCCGGCUGGCCCUGGCCCUCGCCUUCCCAAAGUCUACUGCAUCGUCAGCUGCAUUGGUUGCUUCGGCUUGUUCUCCAAGAUCCUGGAUGAAGUGGAGAAGAGACACCAGAUCUCCAUGGCUGUUAUCUACCCGUUCAUGCAGGGCCUGCGAGAGGCAGCCUUCCCUGCCCCUGGGAAGACCGUCACCCUCAAGAGUUUCAUCCCUGACUCAGGCACCGAGUUCAUUUCACUGACACGGCCCCUGGACUCCCACCUAGAACAUGUGGAUUUUAGUUCCCUGUUGCAGUGCCUCGGUUUUGAACAGAUACUUCAGAUCUUUGCCUCUGCGGUGCUGGAGAGAAAAAUCAUCUUCCUGGCAGAAGGUCUCAGCACCCUGUCUCAGUGCAUCCACGCUGCCGCCGCACUGCUCUACCCCUUCAGCUGGGCGCACACCUACAUCCCUGUUGUCCCCGAGAGCCUUCUGGCCACCGUUUGCUGCCCCACCCCCUUCAUGGUUGGCGUACAAAUGCGCUUCCGUCAGGAGGUCCUGGACAGCCCCAUGGAAGAGGUCCUGCUGGUGAAUCUCUGUGAAGGAACCUUCUUAAUGUCGGUUGGUGAUGAAAAAGACAUCCUACCACCGAAGCUUCAGGAUGACAUCUUAGACUCUCUUGGUCAGGGGAUCAAUGAGUUAACGACUGCAGAACAAAUCAACGAGCAUGUUUCAGGCCCUUUUGUGCAGUUCUUUGUCAAGACUGUGGGUCACUAUGCUUCCUUUAUCAAGCGGGAGGCAAAUGGACAAGGCCACUUCCAAGAACGACCCUUUUGUAAGGCUCUGACCUCCAAGAACAACCGCCGGUUUGUGAAGAAGUUUGUGAAGACACAGCUGUUCUCCCUCUUCAUCCAAGAAGCCGAGAAGAGCAAGAAUCCUCCUGCAGGCUAUUUCCAACAGAAAAUACUUGAAUACGAGGAACAGAAGAAACAGAAGAAACCAAGGGAAAAAAGACUGUGAAAUAAGAGUGUGGUGAACAGGAGUGACUAGACCUACACCCAGUCCUGGACUUUGGCCCCUGCCAGUGUGGCAGGAUCCACAAAGGUCUUAGCCCUGAAAACCCACAGCCUCUUUCAAGUCCUGGUAUCCAGGGCUUGUUUCAGACCGGUGUCUUGAGUUUGGGAACUGUUGCCAGCAUUCCCAGAACUUUGGAGGGCUUCGCCCUCAUGCUCAUAGAACUGGACUCAAAGCUGCAUUCUUUGCAGAGGUGACACAGAGUGGAUGCAGUAGUCCAGGUAUUGUAGACACUUGGUUAGAAGUUGCUGCAACCACCCUCUCCCGGGAACCACUACUACAAAUUCUUAAACAGAGAACGCAGUUGUGGCCCUAGGACCCAGUCCUUUGCCUUGGAAAAGAGGUCUGUGGACAUGUGAGGAUGAGAGUAAAGACGAAAAUCUUA